GCCUGUUUAACCUGGGUGGUGUCCCAGAACCAGGAGCAGUGGGAAGAGAUUCAGAGAUGGGCAGCCCCAAGCUUACUUCUAGACCUUGAAAACCUACACCUUGCUGUGCCUGCUCUUCUACCAUCCCCUCAAAAUACUACCAAACACACACACCCCACUCUACCUCCAGUCAGCGUUGCAACUAAAGGCUUGAUCCUAGAAGUCCAGGACCCAAGAGAAGAAAGAAGCCAAGGAACACAGAACAUUCUCAGCACAGAGAUGGCUGGCGGAGCCCAGGGGCGACUGGCCUAUUACUUGGAGCUGCUGAAGAGAGAGGAGCUGAAGGAAUUCCAGCUCCGGCUGCCCUGCAAAACUGGGGGCUCUUCCAGUGCAACACCAGCUCAGUCAGAGAAGGCAAGUGGCAUGGAGGUGGCCUCAUGUCUGGUGGCUGAGUAUGGAGAAGAACGGGCCUGGAACUUGGCCUUGCACACCUGGGAGCAGAUGGGCCUGAAGCUUCUGUGCCCCCAGGCCCAGAGAGAAGUGGCCUCGACAUCGGCCCACUCUCCUUCAGUGCUCUACUCCCCGAGUACACCCAACCUGGAGUCUCCCAGCAGGCCCACUUCCACAGACGUGCUGAACUCCUUGGGCUCUGGGUCCCUAGAGCACCCUGAAGACUCAAAUAGAAGGCUUGUGAGAUGGCUUCCAGACACCUCUGGACCCAGCCUGAAAGACUGGCCACCUCUUCCCAGUGCAGAAAGGCUUGAGAAAGAGUUUCUGUGCACCGUGAACCCGGGAUAUAAGAACUUCACGUCUUUCCCAGAAAGAUACCAGGACCAGAUGGAAGAGAAGUUCUGCCCUGUACUGCCCUGGAAAAGUAAAUAUUUGAAUGAAAAAUUCACACAGAUGCUACUUCUACACAGGCCUCACCCUAGGUACCACAAGCCGUUGGUCAGGGGAAGCUGGCAUCACAGUAUGGCAAAGAGGCAAGGACAUUUGAUUGAGAUCACAGACUUAUUUGGCUCAGGCCUGGGUACCCAGAAAGGACCACAUAUAGUCAUACUGCAGGGGACUGCUGGGAUUGGGAAGUCAACUCUGGCCAGCCAAGUGAGGGGAGCCUGGGAGGAAGGCCAGCUGUAUAGGGACCGCUUCCAGCACAUCUUCUACUUCAGCUGCAGAGAGCUGGCCCAAUCCAAGAUGAUGAGCCUCAUUGAUCUCCUAAGAAAAGAAACAGGUGUCCAUCCAGUUACCAUUGAACAGAUUCUGUCUCAGCCAGGUCAACUGCUCCUCAUCUUUGAUGGUUUGGAUGAGCCAAAAUGGGUCUUGGAAGAGCAGAGUCCUGACCUCUGUCUGCCCUGGAGCCAACCACAGCCAGUGCAGGCACUGCUGGGCAGUCUGCUAAGGAGAACCAUCCUUCCCGAGGUUUCCUUGCUAAUCACAGUCCGGACCACAGUUCUACAGAAAUUCAGUCUUUCUUUGAAGCGGCCACGUUGGGUGGAGGUCCUAGGAUUCUCUGAGUCAAGCAGGAAGGAUUAUUUCUACAAGUAUUUCACAGAUGAGAGCCAAGCCAUCAGAGCCUUGAGCUUGGUUGAAUCAAACCCAGCACUCUUGACCCUGUGCCUCACGCCCUUGGUGUCCUGGAUGGUUUGCACUUGCCUGAAGGAGCAGAUGGAGCGGGGGGAAGAGCCCACAGUGACCUCCCAGACCACCACAGCUCUCUUUCUGCACUACAUUUCCCAGGCUCUGUCAGCUCAAUCCCUGGGAACCCAACUGAGGGGCAUCUGCUCUCUGGCUACUGAGGGCAUCCUCCAAGGAAAGACCCUGUUCAGUUCAGGAGAUUUCCGGAAGCAUGGGUUAGAUGAGGUCAUUGUCUUCACUUUUUUGAAGAUGGGUGUUCUUCAAACUAACACUCUCUCUCUGAGCUACAGCUUCACUCACCUUUUCCAGGAGUUCUUUGCAGCAAUGUCCUGUGCCUUGGGGGAUAAAAAGAAGAGAAGCAAACAGCCUAACAACAUCAGUAUAAAGAAGUUUCUAAAAGUAUGCAGAAUGCAUGACUGGUUUGGAGCACCAACCAUGCGCUUCCUAUUUGGCCUUUUAAGUGAACAGGGCAUGAGAGAGAUGGAGAACAUUUUCCACUGCCAGCUAUCUCAAAAGAGGAAGUGGGAGCUACUGCGAUGGGCCCAGGAAGAGGCCAAGGUCCAGCACCCCUUCCUCCAGCUCAUGCGGUUCCAAGUCACAGAUGCCUGUUGGCAGAUUCUCUUCUCCAAUCUUGGGGACACCAGGAGCCUGAAGGAACUGGACCUAAGUGGAAACUUGCUGAGCUACUUUGCUGUGAAGACUCUUUGUGAGAUGCUGAGAUGCCCUUGCUGCCACCUGGAGACCUUGAGGUUGGCUGGCUGUGGCCUCACAGCUGAGUGCUGCAAAGACCUUGCCUUUGGGCUGAAUACCAGCCAGACCCUGACUGAGCUGGAGGUGAGCUUCAACAUGCUAACAGAUGCCGGAGCCAAGCACCUUUGCCACGGAUUGAGACAGCCGAGCUGCAAGCUACAGAGAAUACAGCUGGUCAGCUGUGGCCUCACGUCCAGCUGCUGCCAGAACCUAGCUACUGUGCUCAGUGCCAACCCCAACCUGACUGAGAUGGACCUGCUUCACAACUGCCUGGGUGACCUCGGUGUGGGGCUGCUCAGUGAGGGGCUGAAACAUCCUGCCUGCCAACUCACACUCCUAUGGCUGGACCAGACCCAUCUGAGCGACGAGGUGAGGGAGUCGCUGAGGACACUGGAGGAGGAGAAGCCUCAGCUACGCAUCCCCAGCAGACGGCAGCCAAGUGUGAUGAUCCCUACUGAGGGCCCGGAUGAAGGAGAGAGCAGUCAUAGCACGACCUCGCUGAAGCGGCCGAGAACAGACUCAGAGGGAAGUUCCCCACAAGCAGCACAGGAACCCUUCCGUCUGUCUUCACCUGCCUCUCCAAGGGACCUGCACAUGGAGCCUCUCGGGACCGAAGAAGACUUCUGGGGCCCCACAGGGCCUGUGACUACUGAGGUAGUUGACAAAGAGCAGAGCCUGCACCGAGUUCACUUUCCCAUGGCUGGCUUCUACUAUUGGCCUAACACAGGUCUCCGCUUUAUGGUAAAAGGGGCAGUGACCAUUGAGAUUACAUUCUGUGCCUGGAACCAAUUCCUGGAGACUGUCCCACAACACAGCUGGAUGGUUGCAGGGCCUCUGUUUGACAUCAAGGCUGAGCCUGGAGCCGUGGCAGCUGUGUACCUCCCUCACUUUGUGGCCCUCCAAGGAGAGCAGGUGAACAGCUCCCUGCUCCAAGUGGCCCACUUUAAAGAGGAGGGGAUGCUCCUGGAGAAGCCAUCAAGAGUGGAACCAUAUUACACAGUCCUGGAAAAUCCCAGCUUCUCCCCCAUGGGAGUUCUACUGAGAAUGAUCCACAUUGCCCUGCCCUUUAUUCCCAUCACCUCUACCGUGUUGGUCUACUAUCGCCUCAAUGCUGAGGAAGUCAUCUUCCACCUCUACCUGAUCCCCAGUGACUGCUCCAUUCAGAAGGCCAUAGAUGAUGAAGAAAAGAAGUUCCAGUUUGUGCAAAUCCGCAAGCCACCCCCGCUGACCCCACUUUAUGUGGGCUCCCGCUACACCGUGUCUAGUUCAAUGCAGCUGGAAAUCAUCCCAGAG